AUGAAAAAGAGGCUCCACAAAGACACAAUGGAGAACAAACUGGUGCUCUGUUCGAGCAAAGACAAGUUCGUGCUGACGCAAGACGUGUGCGUGAUGUGUGGCGCCGUCGGAACCGACUCCGAGGGCUGCCUCAUUGCUUGCGCGCAGUGCGGACAGACGUAUCACCCUUAUUGCGUUAAUAUUAAGGUGUCCCAAGUGAUAGUGACGUUGGGCUGGCGCUGCCUCGACUGCACGGUGUGCGAGGGCUGCGGCAGCCGCGGCGACGACAACCUGCUGCUGCUGUGCGACGACUGCGACACCACGUGGCACACCUACUGCGCGCGCCCGCCGCUCGCCGACGUGCCGCGCGGCCCGUGGCGCUGCGAGCGCUGCCGCCGCUGCCUCGUGUGCGGCACCCGCGACACGCUGGCCUGGUGCGACAACUACACGGAGUGUGCCCCGUGCGCGUCUCUGGUGAUGUGCUGCGUGUGCUCGGAGCCAUACUCGGACGGCGAGCUGAUCAUCCAGUGCGAGGCCUGCAACCGCUGGCUGCACGCCUCCUGCGACUCCAUCCGCAGCGAGGGCGACGCCGAGACGUGCUGCCGAGCCGGGUGA